AGCGGCAUAGCAUACAAAACGCGUUUCGGUUCGCGCCGUCUCCGUUUACCGUAGCGAACGACACUUUCGCCCGUCCUAACGUUCGAAAGUAAAUAUCUCAUUGUUCCCGUUUCAAAAUGGCGAAUUCGGGCCUCUUAUUUGUCGGCUGUUGAGGCCUCGGUGGGUUUUUGGUGCGGCGUAACAGCGGCGUGGCGGGCGACGGCGCGGCGGCCCGCCCGGGUCGGUGCUAGCCGGCGGAGGUUGUCGACCUAUCGAUUUUUUUGUCUGCGACCUCUCGUCGUCGGGCGGCCAGGUGUUGUGGGAGCGAGGGUGCAGCCUUCAGCUCAGGCAGGUCAACCUAGCGGCCGCUUGCAGCACUCAGCCGCCUCACCGUCGACUGAUUGGCCACCACCAUGGCAGAAUAUCAUGGUCAAGUCAUGGACGCGGGUGGGAAUAACUUUGACUCCGGUCAACAGGCUCAGGAGCAGGAACUGGCGACCAAAAUGCUCCAAAUACAGUCCAAGAGGUUUUAUCUAGAUGUGAAGCAGAAUAGGAGAGGACGUUUUAUAAAAGUUGCAGAGAUCGGCGCUGACGGGCGGCGCAGCCAAAUAUUCCUGGCCAUGUCGACCGCGGCCGAAUUCAGGGACCACUUGUCGGCGUUUAGCGAUUUCUACUCGUCGCUGGGCCCGCCGAACCCGGACAACGUGCCCGACGACGGAAAACUCAAAUCAGAGAUGAUGCUUAAGGACAACAGACGCUACUACUUAGAUUUAAAAGAGAACUCCCGCGGUCGUUUCCUGCGCGUGUCUCAGACACAGACGCGGGGCGGUCCGCGCGCACAGGUUGCUCUGCCAGCACAGGGCAUGAUCGAGUUCCGCGACGCGCUCACCGACCUUCUAGACGACUUCGGCUCUGAUGACGGAGGGUUCAAGGGCGAGUUACCCGAGGGGCGCCACCUCCGUGUAGACAAUAAAAACUUUUAUUUCGACAUCGGGCAGAACAACCGCGGGGUCUACAUGAAAGUCAGCGAGGUGGUACCAUCGUUGCAAGUGAAGAGCAAUUUCCGCACCGCCAUCACCGUACCGGAGAAAUGUUGGACACGCUUCAGGGACAUCCUGGCGGACUACUGCGACAAGAUGAACAGGGCGCACGACCCCGACCACCAUCAGGGCGCCAGCGGAGCACCCGCGCAACGCGCUCCCUCAGCGCAGCCCAACAGGGACGUGGAAUCCUUCGCCGGCAGCGCUCCUCCCCGGAUUUGAUGCGGCGGUGACGUCAUCCCCCCCACCCCCCGCCUCGCCGCCCCUCCCCCGACCCCCGCUCCUGUACAUAGUGUCCAUAUACGUGUAGUAUAGCGAGAGCUUCACCGUAUACAUUGGAUUUUAUUAUUUUUUUUGUAAAUAAUACAACACGGGGACGUUCGUCGCCAGUGACGGCGCUCGCCUCUCUAAACUAAAACAUAAUAAAUUUCCGAGAAUGUAAUGCCACUCGUCUAGUUCGUAGGUGUACGUGUUUCUUUUUUAUGGAUUAUUUAAUUUUAGUGUUUUUUUUUUUUUGUUUAUACGAUGUAUACAAAGGGCACGGGUGUGAGGCGCGCUUGGAAUCGGCUUUUAUAUACACUAUGGUACUUUAAUUAUGAACGUAAGACGCGCGAACAACACAUACAGACGGAGGAACGGUUCCAGGCGCUGCCGUGACGACGCACCGGGUGUUUACAGGAGAGAGAGAGAGAGAGAGAGUGUGAUAGAGAGGAGAGAGAGACAAUACACAGACAGACAUACAAUGGUCUAAGAGAGUGUCAAUUGAAGACAGAAAAAAUAAUAACUCGGAUCUUGAAACGAGUAAUGGUUUUGAAUAUAUAACCAAUGUAUGUACGUCUGUGUGUCGGAGAUAAGGAGUUUUUAUAUAGGUAGCGCACAUCUGUGAUAGAAUCGGCAGCCGCAGGCGUUAGCUCAUAUAUAAUUGGCAUGGCUAAAAUUUUUUACUAAGACUGACUCAGGGUUUUAUUUUCCCCAGACGUCCGUCUAUAAGUCGGACGGCUAUGGUCUAUAAGGCGAUCUAUUGUUAACUCUACUCAUACUGAUUUGUUAUUGGCGAUUCAAAAUUGACGUGGCAUUGUACUACUACGAGUAGUUUUAUAUACUUAUAUAUUGUAUGCACACACAUGUAUGUAAAUAAAUAUUUAUAUGUAUAUAUAUAUGUGUGUGUCUGUGUGUGCGCCGCGGCUGUAUGGAUAGGUUAAGGUUGGAUUGUAAGCACCCCGUGUGAACCGGCGCGUUCCCUGCCGAGGCGCUUUCCGCGUUCGAUGGCGUCACCACCGUGACGUCAUCGCGGACCACGUGUUUUGUGUCCCGAGGCAGCGAGCGCGCCGGUCGUGUGUACGCACACAUUUCACCUACUUUCACUCAUUUCGUCGGCUUUACAGCGGACAUCUUUUGUACACAUUAAAGUUAUAAUAAUAAUAAUUAUUAUUAUUAUUACUAUUAAAAAUUAACAAAAAAAUAAAUAUACAAAAACAGCAAAAAAAAAAACAAUGUAGGCUGUUAAGUGUUUUACAAUAAGUAGAUACGUAGAUAUCUACUGGCGAGUCAUUUAGCCGGUCGCCGAGUCGCGGCUCCGACACAUCGAUGUAGUGUAAAGAGUAUGCAGUGUACUGUGUAAAUAAUGUUUGUCAAUGCGUCCGCCGUUAUGACGUAUGCUGGAUGUGAGCGUUACUUUUUAUAUGUCAUAUGAUUUGAUGUAAUUCGUUCUGAUCGUCAUAACACUCGGCGGUUGUAUCGGCAGCUCCUCUGUACAGCGCGUGCUCGGCCCGGUCGCGCCGUUUUGAACCUUAUCGUAUGACGAUAGAGUUCAAUCGACGCGACCGUUCCGUAUGAAUAUAUAUUUUAGCAAUAGUACUAUCAACGAAUCGCUGAUACCGUGUUUAAAUUACACGAUAAAUAUGAAUGUUCUAGAUUCUGUCCUGUCUAGCAGCUAAUGUAUUACUUCGCCUAGAUUUUUUCUGUGAGACUAUAGAUAUUUUUUUUAAGUUUUAAAAGGAUGUUUUUUUUUUAUUUUUAUUUGUGACUAAAGACAAUUACAAUUUUUUAAUCCGCUAUAACGUUUGGCGUAAAUCCUAAUUAAGUCUGCUCGCGGACGAGCGUUUCGUAUCGUCUGACCGACGUUUGGGCCGCUCGUCGUUGAGGUCUAACGUAACUUAGUGUACGGUCGCCCUAACAAUAGUAAUAGUCGAAACUUUAUUGUAAUUACAUUUCCUCAGCACCCGACAUAGUGUGGGAUAAGUUGGUGACGUCCGUUUAAAUAUAGUAAAGAAAAAAAAAUACCUAUAUAAAUCACUUUUAAAUAGAAAUAUAUCGGAGCCGGAGCGUCGUAUGUCGUGUCGUGUCGUGUCGUGCGGUCGUCGUGUCGUUGUCGUAUGUUGUAAGCGGCCCGGGGGUCGGCGCGCCUCGACCGUGCUCGUUCCGAUCGUGUGUGAACGGUGGCUUAAUUUAAAUGAAAACUUUAUGGUACAAAAUGUAAUUUUAGUUCCAUAGAUGUUUAAGAUUUACAGAGAUUUAUAUUUAGACGAGAUAUAUAUACGGUCUAUAUAUAUGUAUAUAUAUAUUGUGAUGUUUAAAAUAUAAUACUAGUGUGCUCGUGAGAUAGUAUCGUGCGGUUUCUGUGACGGCUGACGGCGGUGUGUGAAUGGUUGCGCUAUGGGAUUUUGAUUUUCGGAGUUUCUGUGUUCUGUGCAUCGGCGGAGUUUAUAUUUGGAAGUUUUACGAUAUCCGAUCACUGCUGACUACCCUCAAGUGAUGCAUCCGUUCAGCUGUCAGCGGUGAUUCUAAAUAUUAGCAUACGAUUUAAAUCUUUAUCGGAAUCAGAUUAUAACUUCCAUCACCAUAUAUUUUACCAUCGCAUAGCAUCAGCUGUUCCGAUACCUGAUGAUCCGCCGAUGUCGACGUUGUGUGCUCGAAGCUGCCUCCUGUGAUACCCCGCGCCGCCCCCCGGGAUAACUCAUCACCAUUCAUCAUCUCAUCACCGUUCAUCUCAUCAAAACAUGUAUUGCAUUUACAUAUUGUUUUAUUCCUUAUAUAUAUAAUCUGUAUAUAAAUCGCGUAGAGUCAUAUGUGGUAUUAGCGAGCGAGAUCUUGUGUCCAUACAUUAAGUAGUUGUGUUCCUACGAGAUGUGAUAUUGUAUCUUGUUAUGAUAAUGGCACCGAGUGCGGUCUAGAUAAAAAUCCGUCUUGCUUUUAUACAGGAUGUUCAUUUUAUUGAUUUCUAUAGGCAAGAUCUCGUUUUAUUUACGACCCCGGCUCACAGACACGUUGCAUGUUAAUAUUAUAUCAGAACAAGCUUCAACACUGCCACAUUUAUUUCAAGCUCAUAUAAUUAUUUUUUUUAAUAUCAAUGGUUUGAGUUUUUCUCGUCGUGUCUGCGGGUCCCGUUCUGAACACCAGUGAUAGUCAAUUAAUAUAAACAUAACCCGCCGCUUCGCUGUCGGUACUCGAAAACUCAAAAUAUACAUUCGUUUCACCCUCACGCGUAACUAAUCUUGGAAAACGCGUACAAAGUAAAGUAAGCUAUAGUAAAAUGAUAUUAAAUUAAUAGCUUGUAUAGUUCUAAUAUUACUGUGUAAGUAUACGUUCGAAGGCUAGCGGUUUUUUGCAAGAAUAGUCCAUGUUUUUGGGUCCGACGGUGAAAGGCGACUCGCUCCGGCUCCACUGUUGUACAUUCAUAGGCACUCAAUACAUACGGAUCGAAUACUGAUAACAUAAAAAUAAAAAAAAUAAAUAAAUAAAUAAAUGAUAAUUAAUAAUAAUAAUAAAAAAAAAGAUUCAGAGAGUUAUAAUAGUACGUUAGUUUUAAUUAUAUUUCUGAUAUUGAUUGAUGUUUUGCUAAAGAUAAUUUAUCUGUGCGUUACGUUUUGAUGUCGCGUAGACGCUCGUCGCAGCCCGCCGCCGAACCUCGGGCGCUAGUGUCGCUGUAUAUGUUUUUACCGGUUCACAACUACAUAGCAUCUCUAAUUAUUACCGAUUCGGUUCGUGUACAAAUGAAGUUGGUCCACUCUAGCGUCGAUCAUAACCGGUUUUAUUUUUAUACCGAUCAGGCUUUUCACCGAUAACCAGCCGGUAUGUGAUAACGAAAUAAAUAAAAAAAUAUUAAUUACUUUAAGCAAUACCAGUACCUGAAAUUGAAAAGUAUAAAAAUGAUGUAAUAGAAAGGAAAUAGCGGUAGACUCAUAACUGGAAUAUCAGAGCGGUUUACGGAGCAUUCGCGCAGGUUUGGGAUACGCUGUCGAUAUUAGUGUUUCGUUGGAUAAUUUCGUUUUUAACGCGUUAGUAUAUAAAUAACCCGAUUGGCGUGGGCAGUCCGAUUGAAUAUUAUGUUACGAUUAACGGGAAUGCCGCGGGAUGCGGCAGUACAGGUUAGAGGGGUAAGGAAUAGGAGUAAGGGUUGAAGGGAUCACAUGCGAGGUGAUAGCCAGCCACGUGGCCGACUGACGCUCCUGUCCAUGGUCGUGGUGAGGCUGCAGUACGUCAUAGUCAUUAUUAUAACAUCGGUGUAUAAUACGUUAGUAAGUACUAAGUAUGUAUAGGUCGGGAGCGUGGACCGACUCCCCGCAUGAUAUCACGGGAGCCGGCCGGAGGUGAACGAAUACUGCCAAUCGAUUGUAGUUUAUAUAUAUAUAUAUAUAUAUAAAAAUAUAAUGAUUUGUAGAAUUAACUAUUUGAAAAUAUUAUGUCCUAUUUGGUAUUUUAUGUAUAGUAUCGUGUGCGGCUGCACGGUCUCCCCCACGGGUGGGGGUAGUUCGCGAGUCGUUUGGAUGUUUUCUUAAGGGCGAGAACGUUGGAUACAAACUGUGUUCCGUAGUGUACCGAGCGACAGGGCGUCGUCUAGAUAGGUUUGCAGUUGCCGCCGGGUCCUUCGCUCCACGCGGCGUGCUGUGAGGGAUCCCGCGGAAGGUCGUUUAUUCUGUCCGCGAACUGGUAAGAAUAAAAAAAUUGAAUGCAAUAUAAGUUGUGGCGUAAUGUACGAGGAGGGCAUAUUGGGUGUUGUGUAUGGAGACCGGUGGUGUACGGUUGGAAUGUGGCUUUAAAUUCUUGUUUUAAAAAAUUUAAAUGUUCAUCAUAAUCUCUGGUUCCGUUUCCGCUUCCGCGUGUAGUCAUCUGAAGCAUAUAGACUGGGCACCCAAUAUGUUUAGUAGGUAAUAUGAUAUCGUAUUGUAUGGAACUGUGGGACUGACGUGGCUCAUGUGAUGAGGAUAAAUUCAUUGGUCUUUCUAUUUUCGUUUUCAAAAUUUUUGUACGUCGUGUGUGACACGAAUCCUCAUCGGACUUGUCUGUUUGGUGUGGACAGUGGCGGUUUCGUUUUCUCUAAUGCUUGCUAUACGAAUGCCUCCGAUGCCCGCCCGUCCUUGGCGCGUUCGUUCCGUGAUGUGCGACUUGCUUGGUCUGUGAUACGUCGUCCACAGUCACCGCCGGCUGGUGGUGUCAGGUUACGUAACGAGCGCGCCGCUGAGAUUUUGUAUCCAAAGAUUGCAAAGUGUGAUGAAUUUUUUCCUAUAGGUUUAUUAUAUUAUAAUGGUAUUUUAUAUACUUGUUGUUUUUCUGUUGUUCGACGCUGCUAUUGAUGAUGUUUUUUAACAUUGACAGAUCUCCAGAUCGUAUUUGUAACUCAUCGCUGUUAGUUUGUCUCUCCGUAGUUAUCGGUUCGUAUACUGGAAUAUAUACACAUUUAAGUUUUUCUAAGAGCUCACUGGUAUGUCAAUUUCAACGGUCUGUCUGUCUCUUUUUUUAUAUUUAUGUAUUUAGGAGUGAUGUGAAGCGGGUUCCGUGCACGCGAUUAUUGUUACUAGCGGAGCGUUGACGUGGUACGACGUCUUGACUCGUGCACGGGACUUGGUUGAGUCCGAGCAGUGAGACUGCGACUUGGUGCUUGUGUGUACUUACGAUGGAUAUUAUAUAUAUAAUUUUCAAUAUCUGGUUGUUAAAUUUUACGCUUAUUUAUUUUUCUAAUGCGUGUGAAAUUCAAAAUUUCGGUGUAUAACAAUGUCCUUUUUUUUUGUAUUUUGUCUUUUAAUUUGUAAGAUGUUUUAUUGUGAGCGCAACACGGAUGCUGGGAUGGGUGAUGAUGAUUGAACUGAUGAUGGACGUCGCCUCAUCACCGGUUCCGUGUUGCGACCAACCAUAGUGAUGUGUGAGGUAGCGAUCGACAUACACAAGGCGGAAUAUUGCGUGACUGCGACGUGCGGUGUGACCUAGGAAAGUUUUACGAUAAAUGGUGACAAAAUAAAGAAAUUACAAAAAAAAAAA